CGGGUCAGGCGCGGGAAUGCGCGGCGGCCGCCAGGAGCAGGAGCAGCAGCGCUGCGCCCGGCGCCCCGCCAUGCCCCUGCGGGGAGGGCAGCGGCCCGCCGAGGAGCAGUAGGGGGGCGACCCCCGCCCCGCACGCCUCCGCCUCCCGCUCCCGCUCCGGCUCCCGCCCAUUGUUCUCCCGGGGCCGCCGCGCUCGCCCGGGGCCGCUUCCCGCCGCCGGCGGCGGCGCGCUGGAUGCGGGUUGCCGCCGCCGCCGGCUCGCCGGGACCCGCGCUGCCGCGGCGGCGGAGGGGGCAGCGGCUCCUGCGGCCGGCGGGGAGGAGGGGGCGGCGGUGAGCGGCGGCCCCGCCCGCCCCGCGGCCCCCAGCGGCCCGGCUCCCCGCCCUUGCCCGGCGGGGCGAUGUUCCACUGCAUCCCCCUGUGGCGGUGCAACCGCCAUGUGGAGUCCAUCGACAAGCGGCACUGCUCGCUGGCCGCCGUGCCCGAGGAGAUCUACCGCUACAGCCGCAGCCUGGAGGAGCUCCUGCUGGACGCCAACCAGCUCCGCGAGCUGCCCAAGCCUUUCUUUCAACUUGUGAAGUUACGGAAACUUGGACUUAGUGAUAAUGAAAUCCAGCGGCUGCCUCCAGAAAUAGCGAAUUUCAUGCAGCUGGUGGAACUUGAUUUGUCUCGUAAUGAUAUUCCUGAAAUACCAGAAAGCAUCUCAUUCUGCAGAGCACUACAGGUAGCAGAUUUCAGUGGGAAUCCACUGACUAGGUUGCCCGAAAGCUUUCCUGAAUUACAGAAUCUAACAUGUCUUUCAGUAAAUGACAUCUCUCUGCAAGCACUACCUGAAAACAUUGGGAAUCUUUAUAACCUGGCUUCACUGGAACUUAGAGAAAAUUUGCUGACAUAUUUACCUGAAUCACUUGCCCAGCUGCAGCGACUAGAAGAACUUGAUUUAGGAAACAAUGAACUUUAUCACUUGCCAGAAACAAUUGGUGCACUUUUCAAUCUUAAAGACCUCUGGUUGGAUGGAAACCAAUUAGCUGAAAUACCUCAGGAAGUAGGAAACCUGAAAAACCUGCUUUGUCUGGAUGUUUCUGAAAAUAAAUUGGAAUGCCUUCCUGAAGAAAUUAGUGGUCUGACUUCUUUAACAGACUUGCUUGUUUCUCAGAAUGUACUUCAGGUCUUACCUGAUGGCAUCGGAAAAUUGAGGAGGCUUUCCAUUUUGAAGGUUGAUCAGAACAAACUUAUUCAACUAACAGAUUCAAUUGGAGACUGCGAAAGCCUUACUGAACUAGUUCUAACAGAAAACCAACUGCAGUCAUUGCCGAAGAGCAUCGGAAAACUAAAGAAGCUGAACAAUUUGAAUGCCGAUAGAAACAAAUUAACAUCUUUGCCCAAAGAGAUUGGGGGGUGCUGCAGUCUUAACGUCUUUUCUGUACGUGACAAUAGAUUAUCUCGAAUUCCCUCUGAAAUUUCACAAGCCACUGAACUUCAUGUCCUGGAUGUUGCUGGAAACAGGCUGACGUAUCUUCCCCUUUCACUGACUACCUUAAAGCUGAAGGCUUUGUGGUUGUCUGAUAACCAGUCCCAACCUUUGCUGACAUUUCAGACUGACACAGACCCUGAAACAGGAGAAAAGAUUUUAACAUGUGUAUUACUUCCUCAAAUGCCUUCUGAGCCUGGUCACCAAGAUAACCUACCACGAUGUGGUGCACUGGAGAGUUUGGUAAACGAAAUGUCAGAUGAAACAUGGAAUGAGAGGGCAGUGAAUAGAGUCAGUGCAAUUCGCUUCUUAGAAGAUGAAAAAGAUGAAGAGGAUAAUGAAAUGAGAACACUUCUAAGGCGAGCCACUCCACACCCUGGAGAAUUAAAGAACAUGAAAAAGACAGUGGAGAAUUUACGGAAUGAUAUGAAUGCUGCUAAAGGACUGGAUUCAAACAAAAACGAGGACUCUAUUAAAUGGCUUCCCAAGUCUCCUAAACUGUACGGUGGCCAUACCUGGAGCUCCCAGGGCUCUCGCUGGGCCUCGUUGAAAGGAAAGGAAAGUUUUCAUGGUGGUAACCUGUACAAAUUCAGCUCUGCUAAUGGAAAAUGGAGGGAAGGAAGAAUCAGUCCCGAGCAAGAAGCGGAGGAACUGGAGGAUCCUGAUGAUGAACCUAUUUCCAAGUUUUCUGGCAGCCUUUUUGAUACCAAUGAUAGCAUGAGAGAUCAAAGAAAUACCAGAACAGCUCUUCAAGAAAAGCACAAGUCGGCGAUGAAGGGCAAGACUCUUCCAGGGACUAACACUAAGGUGCAACUACCCGUCUCAGCAGUGGGCAGCUUCCCUGGCGAGAAUGGCCGGAUCCCGGAGGAAUCGAGGGCGGUGGAUGUGCUGCAGCCCCCGCUGAAGAUAACCAUUACUGUGUGCAGUCAAAUGGGGAGUCUUGGUAUUAGCAUUGCUGGUGGAAAGGGCUCAUCUCCAUGUAAAGACAAUGAUGAGGGGAUCGUGACUGCACGGCUGCUGAAUGAUGGUCCAGCAGACUUGGCUGGGGUACAAGCGGGAGACCGAGUGGCAGAGGCAUCCCUCGUUUCGGAGCCCAGUGCCCCUGAUGCUGGUCCUACUGAAGCUUCAUCCAAGGGCAGCCCCUUCCCGACAGUAAACCACAUCAUAACAAUACCUCGGAUAAUCCUCACGCGCCCUUCUACUUCCGAUGAAGAUACCGACCAGUUGCCCCCAGACCCGGAUGACUUUGAGCCCGAGGAACCUGACAGCGCAGAAGGCCAUGCCUAUUCGGACUGCCUGAACAGUGCUUUUUAUCCUCCUCAAUAAAGUACUUUUCUGGAAAGAGUUCACGGCUGGAUUUCUGUCCCAUUGUUCGAUUACAUUUGAUGUAGUACUUGAACCGCUAUGCCUUAUUUGUAGCAAAAACCAUUACAGGGAGGAUGGAUUUGAGCUGGCGGAGGAGAACCCAUGUUUGUAUUUCUUUGCCUUGAACUUUCCUUCGGCCAGAACUUGUGCACUUGAAACAAAAUGCGCUGGGUGAGGUUAUGUGAAUGUCACCACGUGUUUCAGUAGGCACUUGUAAGGGUGUCCGGCAGCAACCUAAACGCAAUGGUGAAAAGAGCAGGUGAUUUUUAUUCAGAAGGUACUUUACCCACUUGGAACACACUGAAAACAAUUGUACAGUUUGGUUUUUUUUUUUUUUUUAAAUCUUGUGUCCAUGUUUUGUCUAUAUAGGUCACCCUUUUGUCUACCCCCAGGUUCCUUUGAAUUGUCCCUUUUAAUGUUGUUUUCUAUGAGAAUAAAAAAUCCUUUUCUGUCUUUUAGAUAGUGCUGUUUUUUUUCACUGCAGAGAAAUGUUAUUUCCAUUGGAAUUCUGUGUCUCAUUUUAGCAUAAUAAAGAAUAGUUUCUCCAGGUAUAUCAGUAAUGCAAACGUAUAUCAGAUUUGAACAGGACCUGUAAGUUACAUUUUAUUACACCUAAAUGCAGGAGGCAUCUUAUGCAACUAUGCACCUGAGAGUGAAAUGAGAAGCAAUUUCUUACUCUUGUGGAACUGACUUUUAUUUCUUCUCCUGACUUGCAUAUAAGCAGAACACCUUAAAUUUGCUUUACUGCAAUAUGCCAGUAUUUCAUGUGUAUAUAUAUAUAUAUAUAUAUAUAUGAUGUAAGGAUUUAAGAGCAAAUGUUCUUGUACAACAGUCUUCAAUCCUUUAAUUCUCUUCACUGCUAUUCAGGUUUGUAAUGCAUUUUUGAGGUGCUUGAGAAGAACCUUUUGGGAUUGAUCUUUCUUUGGGGUUCCAUGGUGCUGCCUUAACUCGGAGGUGGGGUCUGGUCCUGCUAGACUGGGCUGUCAUGACUUUUCUUUCAUGUGCAUAAAGUGUGCAUCGAUUGUUUUUAUGAUGUGUAUACAGUUGCUUUUCCUGUAAAUAUAAUAUAGCACAACUCAGUGACCUGGUAAA